CACUCACAGAGUCAUUUCUAUUUACGGACAGAGAGAAUGAAGCGCAUGAAAUAGACACCGAGCGAGAGAGAUGUUUAUGAACGGAGCUAAAACUGGUUACUUAUUCGACAUGGACUCUAUUCAUUCGCUGUACACAACGACUGUUGUCGAUAAUAUCAGUGAGUUCAACUUCGCGGCCCGGAAUCUUCGCUGGAGUGAUUGUCAAGCAACUGGCUGAUCUUCAAGAGUGAUUAUGACUGCUAUGGCGCUGUUCACCACAAAUCUGCAUCACCCGUUAUAUUACUGGUGCCUACCACAAGCAGCCCUGUACAUCCCUUCUGUGAAGAACCUAGUGCAUUCUGCUAGCAUGACAAGGACAAAUACAAAUCUGCCACUAAGCCCAUACACUGGAAUGCCCGUCCUUACCAUGCUAGAGAAAAUUGGACUUCAUCUGUGGGAAGUCAUCCGGCAAGUCAUCCGUCGCUUUAUGAGCGUUACGGAGCUUCUGAACUCCAAAGUUUUCUUUAUGUGUGCUGGAGAAACAGGGGCCAUGAUGGGCAAGUCAAAGAAAACGACCAUGGGCUUGGAGGCCCCGGAGGGCCCUGGAUGGGAGGCCAGGAACAUGGAAUUUAGACCAACCACCAUGUACAAGAACACAUUGGAUCCGCAAAUGAAGAUCAUGGAGGAUCCUGUGACCAAACCUGAUAAGCUUGCAGGUGAUGGAGAUGAAGUUGUGCUUUCCGACUGGCUAGAUUGGGAGUCUGAGGAAGAGGAGGAAGAUGGUAGGGGUAGUAGUGAUGAGGAGGAGUCUAAUGAUGAUGGGGAUGAAGAGGAGAAUGAAGAGGAUGAAACGAAAUGGAGUGAUGAAGAGGAUUCAGACUGGUCAAAUGACGAAGGAGAUUCUGAUGCAUCUAGAGAGAGCACAGAGUUAUGGGAGUCCUUCUUCAACAACAGCGACCCCUACAAUCCAUUCUACCUCUUCUGCCCCACUGGAGUCAAAACAGAGUCUACAGACACCACACAGAACUGCACAACCUCAAGGCCUCCAGUAAAUGAAGUUCAAAAGUCAGCAUCUGCAGACGUAAAACACAGUCCUGGGGAGGGCGCAGAGGAAGGAACAAAGAAGGUACGUUUCAGUGAGGAGGUAACAGUGCACCACCUGAUAGCCUGGAGCUCUGCCAGCCAGGCUGCACGAGAUGGUUCCUGCUGGUUGGAGCUAGCCAGAGAUCGAGAGCGUUUCAGAAGAAGAGUGGAGAGAACCGGAGAGGUGCUCAACCCAUGCCUAACAGCAGAGCAUAGAGCCAGGGUUUGGGACCGACUUCAAAGAGGAGCUCAGCCAGAACACCGCUAAAGCAUUGUACCAUUCUACUGAUUGUAUUUUAUGCAUUUCCUGUUUAUACUUCCUACUUGUUAAGGUUAUUUAUACAGACUGUUUCUGUGGUGCUUUAUAUGCUAUUUACCUCUACACAUUUAAGUUACUGCACUACAACAAGCACUUUCCAUUGACUGUAUUAGUGUGACUUUUUUACUCUGUGUUGUACUGUUAGUUAUGUAUUUUAGUUCAUUCUGUGAUGUUAAGGGAAUCUUAAAUUGUAGAACCGGCUUUGUUAACUAUUUAUAUUCUUGUGUCAAUAAACACUUUUUUUUUAGGUUAA